AUGAAUCUGGUGGUAACAACGGAAUGGGACCUCAGGGACCUGGGUCGAGCCCUGGCGGAAAAGGGCCAGGGUCCGGACCUGGGAGCAAUGAAUCUGGCGGACCCGGGUCAACUCCGGAAGAAAAAGGACCAGGUGGAAACAAUGGAAAAGGACCACAAGGUACUGGAUCAGGACCUGGGGGCAAAGACUCUGGUGGAAACAACGGAAAGGGACCUCAAGGACCUGGGUCAAGUCCUGGUGGAAAAGGGCCAGGGUCCGGACCUGGGAGCAAUGAAUCUGGCGGACCCGGGUCUAGUCCUGGAGGAAAAGGACAAGGCGGAAAUAAAGGAAAAGGAUCCAAAGGACCGGGAUCAGUACCCGGAGGAAAUCAUGGAAAAGGACCAAAAGGGCCCGGGUCAAGUAAUGGAGGAAAAGGACCAGGAAAGGAACCUCAAGGACCUGGGUCUAGUCCUGGAGGAACAGCACCAGGUAAAGGACCACAAGGACCCGGGUCUAGUCCUGAAGGAAAAGGACCUGGUGGAAGUAACGGAAAAGGAUCUCAAGGACCAAGUUCCGGACCUGGAAGCAAUGAAUCUGGCGGACCCGGGUCUAGUCCUGGAGGAAAAGGACCAGGUGGAAGUAACGGAAAAGAACGACAAGGACCUGGUUCCGGACCUGGGAGCAAUGAAUCUGGUGGUAACAACGGAAUGGGACCUCAGGGACCUGGGUCGAGUCCUGGUGGAAAAGGGCCAGCGUCCGAACCUGGAAGCAAUGAAUCUGGCGGACCCGGUUCUAGUCCUGGAGGAAAAGGACCAGGCGGAAAUAAAGGAAAAGGGUCCAAAGGACCGGGAUCAGUACCCGAAGGAAAUCAUGGAAAGGGGCCAAAAGGACCGAUAUCUGGACCUGUUGGUAAAGGUCCAGGUGGUGGAUCUAAAGGUCCUGGGUCCAGUCCCGGAGGAAAAGGACCGGGACCUAAAGGACCUGGGUCCAGUCCUGGAGGAAAAGGACCAGGUGAUAAUAAAGGAAAAGGAUCUAAAGGACCGGGAUCAGUACCCGGAGGAAAUCAUGGAAAAGGACCAAAAGGGUCGGGAGCUGGCAAAGGACUUGGUGGUGGAUCACAGGGACCCGGGUCCAGUCCUGGUGGGAAAGGACCGGGUGGAAGUACCGGAAAAGGACCAGGCGGUGGAUCAAAAGGACCCGGGUCCAGUCCUGGAGGAAAAGGACCGGGCGGAAAUAAAGGAAAAGGGUCCAAAGGACCGGGAUCAGUACCCGCAGGAAAUCAUGGAAAAGGACCAAAAGGACCGAUAUCUGGACCUAUCGGUAAAGGUCCAGGUGGUAGAUCUAAAGGUCCCGGGUCCAGUCCCGGAGAAACAGGACCGGCUAAGGGACCACAAAUACCCGGGUCUAGUUCUGGAGGAAAAACAUCAGGAAAGGGACCGCAAGGACCCGGGUCUAGUGCUGGAGGAAAAGGACCAGGUGGAAGUGGCGCUAAAGGACCUAAAGGACCUGGGUCUAGUCCUGGAGGAAAAGGACCAGGCGAUAAUAAAGGAAAAGGACCCAAAGGACCGGGAU